CGAGUCUGCCGUGGUGUCUGCAAGUAUGCUGGUGGAAGACCUAAUCAACUUAGUUCGAGAGCGCCCUGCUAUUUAUGAUCCCAGUGACCCCAACCACCGGGAUCGUGAUGUCAUUGCUUCCCUAUGGAAGGAGGUUGCUGCUGCAUUGUCGUGUACAGAACCCGAAUGUAAGGACAAAUGGCGCCACCUAAGAAGCAAUUUUAUGAGGGAAAGAAGAAAGAAUAGUGAAAAACCAUCUGGAUCAGGUAAUACACAGGCAAGGAGGUGGGUGUACUACGAUGCCAUGCAAUUUCUGAUCCCUUAUGUGACGCCACGACCAACAUCUUCAAACGUCCCUCAACCUCCUGAUGAAGACACCUGUCAUGAAACGGAAGAUGCAGAUCAAGAUUCUUCACUUUCUGCUGUCAUCGAAGCAUCAGAAAAUGCAUCUCCUCAAGAGGCUGCCAGUAACGUCGAAACUUGUGAGGAUCGCAGCAAUGGCAAGCCUAUUCUUCCCAAAUCAAAGAAGCCUUGUAUCGCAAAAAAACAUAGCAAGGCCAGUGCAGAUGAGAUGGAUUUGGUUUUCUUAGACGAACUAAAACAACUGAGAGGACAAGCGUCGUCACAAAAUGAUAAUGACGGAGAUCGCCAGUUUUUGUUAAGCCUGCUGCCUAUGAUGAAACAACUGGCGCCAAUUGACAACAUGGACAUAAGAAUUGAAAUAUAUGAAGCCUUUCGUAGGAAGAUGUUCAAGCCCGCACCCUCUGUUCAGUAUGGGUAUUAG